AUGUCAGGUCUGUUCAACUCUCGCUGGGCACCCGGGAAUGGGGGGAAACAACAAUACCCGGCGAGUCAAAAUUCUCCCCGGCACGGGCUCUCCAAUAACCACAAUCCCGAUGGUAACAGCAGCAUCCGCCCGGCGACUAUCACACCCCAAGAUGGCCGUUUGCUGCCGCCAACCGAGGAACUGGCACGAUUUAUGAAAAUUGUUGCCAGGCUGCGAUGGAAACUUCCAUUUUUAGCUGAAGGAUACCGUCUUGCAACACUGGAAAUCAGCGAUGUCAUAUCGGCACAGGAUAUCGCCCACGCUGAAAUAAUGUUCAAGAUUGAUUUCCAUGAAUAUUAUGCUCUGCUUGAACGUGCCAUUGUUCAUUUGUUGGCAGUAUUUAAUAUCUCAGUGACAUCAUCACCUCGAGGACCGCCACGUAAUGGAAAUGGCAUCGGUCGGCCUGUUGGUAUUCAUCGAUACCACGCCAAUGUACUAGAGGCAUUGCGGGAGCAAUCAACUCCACUAUCCCCAGUUCUUGGCGGUGGCACUGUCUAUCUGCAGUUACAGAAGGCUAAGGAACUGCGGAAUAGGUGGAAAACUGCAGAUCUGACCACAGAAGAGAGAGAAAAGCAAGGCGAAAGAAAGGACAUUGUGACGCUUGCGAGCUUUGACUUCGAGGGCAUCAUCUCUGAUAUCUUUGGUGGUCUAGAAGAAUCAUAUGCUCGGGCAAGGGAGCAUGUUGACAAGUGCAUCCGCCCGGAUGAGAUCACUGGGGAUGAGGCAGGCUCCGAGGCGGAUUGGGGAUUCAUGGUCGAUGCCAUGGAUUGGGAAGCUGUGUGA